CCCCGCCACAGUGCGCCUCCGAGCGACCGCCUCGGCUCAGCAGCGACGCCGCAGUGAAGCGGUGCUGAUGGCCCUGGUACUCGGCCCGGCCUUCAUCAUCACCACCCUCAUCAACCUGCGUAUCUGCUAGAGAACUACAGGAAGCCAUAUACAUUAGAGAAGGGGAGGAGGAGCCGGGGCUCGGGCGCAGCAUCGCUCCGGGCUUGGUGCUGCGGUGUCGGAGGGAGCGGAUGAGCAGCUGACCCAGAGAUGGCUGUCCUCAAACUGGCCGACCAGCCUCCUCUCAUCCAGGCGAUUUUCAGCGGAGACCCUGAAGAGAUCCGUAUGCUCAUAUACAAGUCUGAAGACAUCAAUGCUCUGGAUCCAGAGAAGCGCGCCCCGCUGCACGCAGCGGCCUUCCUGGGCGAUGCCGAGAUCACAGAGCUCCUCAUCCUCUCCGGGGCUCGGGUCAACGCCAAAGACAAUAUGUGGCUCACCCCUCUCCAUCGUGCCGUGGCAUCUCGGAGCGAGGAGGCAGUGCGAGUUCUGAUCCGCCACUCAGCCGAUGUCAACGCUCGGGACAAGAACUGGCAGACUCCGCUGCAUGUCGCUGCAGCCAAUAAUGCACUGCGAUGCGCUGAGGUCAUCAUCCCACUGCUGAGUAGCGUCAAUGUGUCGGACCGCGGCGGACGCACCGCCCUGCACCACGCUGCCCUCAAUGGCCACACCGAGAUGGUGAACCUCCUCCUCGCUAAAGGAGCCAACAUCAACGCCUUCGACAAGAAGGACGGCCGGGCGCUGCACUGGGCAGCUUUCAUGGGUCAUCUGGAUGUGGUGUGUCUCCUGGUGAGCCAGGGAGCAGAGAUCAGCUGUAAGGACAAAAGGGGAUACACCCCCCUCCACACGGCAGCCUCCAGCGGGCAGAUCGCUGUGGUCAAACACCUGCUCAACCUGGCUGUGGAGAUAGAUGAGGCCAACGCAUUUGGGAACACGGCGCUCCACGUGGCCUGUUUCAACGGUCAGGAUGCUGUCGUCAGCGAGCUGAUCGACUACGGGGCCAAUGUCAGCCAGCCCAACAACAAGGGCUUCACCCCGCUGCACUUCGCCGCUGCCUCUACACAUGGAGCGCUCUGCCUGGAGUUCCUGGUCAACAACGGAGCUGACGUCAAUGUGCAGAGUCGGGAUGGAAAGAGUCCCCUCCACAUGACGGCAGUUCACGGUCGCUUCACUCGCUCGCAGACCCUCAUCCAGAAUGGUGGGGAAAUCGACAGCGUGGACAAGGACGGCAACACCCCUCUUCACAUUGCUGCCCGCUACGGUCAUGAGCUCCUCAUCAACACGCUCAUCACCAGUGGAGCAGACUGCACCAGACGAGGAGUCCAUGGCAUGUUCCCGCUCCACCUGGCCGCCCUGAAUGCUCACUCCGACUGCUGCAGGAAGCUGUUGUCUUCAGGUCGGAGGUUUAGCAUAAUGUGUAACGACUCGGUCCUGUCUGCAGGCUUCCAGAUAGACACUCCUGACAGUCUGGGGAGGACAUGCCUGCACGCCGCUGCUGCCGGAGGCAAUGUGGAGUGUGUGAAACUGCUCCUGAGCAGCGGUGGAGACCACAAUAGGAAGGACAACUGCGGCAGAACUCCCCUCCACUACGCAGCUGCCAGCCGACACUACCAGUGUCUGGAAACACUGGUGGCUUGUGGCACCGCCAUCAACGCCAUUGACAAAUGGGGGCGCUCUGCCCUGCACUACGCCGCUGCCUCGGACCUGGACAGGAGGCGACGUGUUGCUCUGGAGCCAGAGAGUGAAGGAGUUCAGGCGGAGAGAGAGAAGGAGGCAGCGCUAUGUUUGGAGUUCCUGCUGCAGAGCGGAGCGACGGCCUCUCUGAAGGACAAACAGGGCUACAGUCCGGUCCACUACGCCGCAGCCUACGGACACAGGCACUGUCUGGAACUGCUGCUGGACAGAGACGACAGUCACCAAGACGACCCCAAAUCUCUGAGUGCCAGGAGCCCGCUGCAUCUUGCUGCGUACCACGGUCACGCCCAGGCGCUGGAGGUGCUGCUGCAGGGGGGGCAGGAGGUGGACCAGUGGGACGAGGCGGGGAGGAGCCCCCUGGCCCUGGCCGCUCUGCGGGGACACAGCGACUGUGUUCACACCCUCCUCAGCCAGGGGGCGUCACCACGCACCACCGACACCCAGCAUGGACGCACCCCUGUGCACCUGGCAGUGAUGAACGGCCAUACGACGUGCGUGCGCCUCCUGCUGGAUGAAUCUGACAGUGCAGACCUCGUAGAUGCUGCUGACUCUCAGGGACAGACUCCUCUGAUGCUGGCGGUGGCAGGAGGUCACGUUGACGCAGUGUCACUGCUGUUAGAGAGGGAGGCCAACGUCAACAUGGCCGAUAAACACGGCCUCACUGCGCUGCACCUCGGGCUGCUGUGUGGUCAGGAGGAGUGUAUCCAGUGUCUGUUGGAGCAGGAAGCUUCUGUUCUGCUCGGCGACUCUCGGGGGCGUACGGCCAUCCACCUGGCCGCGGCCCGAGGCCACGCCUCUUGGCUGAGCGAGUUGCUGAGCAUUGCCUGCUCAGACCCGGGGUCCCUGCCGCCACUUAGAGACCACAGCGGAUACACACCGCUGCACUGGGCCUGCUACUACGGCCAGGAGGGGUGUGUAGAGGUCCUGCUGGAGCAGAAAGGUUGUCGCUGUAUCGAUGGGAACCUGUUCACCCCUCUGCACUGUGCUGUGGUGAAUGAUCAUGAGUCCUGUGCUUCUCUGCUGCUGGAGGCCAUGGGUUCAGACAUCGCUGGCUGCAGGGACUCUAAGGGCAGGACUCCUCUUCAUGCUGCAGCAUUCGCAGGCCACGUCGACUGCGUCCAGCUGCUCCUUUCCCAUGAUGUACCUGUUGAUGCUGUAGACCAGUUGGGGCGAACCGCACUGAUGAUGGCAGCCGGGAAGGGCAGGGUCGGAGCUCUCGAGGUGCUGUUGACUGGCUCCAGCCUCAGUCUCACGGACAGAGAUGGCAACACCACCCUGCACCUUGCUUGCAGUAAUGGAAAGGAAGAGUGUGUGCUGUUGAUCCUGGAGAAGCUGUCGGACAGUGCGCUCAUAAAUGCCACAAAUGCAGCGCUGCAAACUCCUCUCCACUUGGCGGCUCGUAGCGGUCUGAAGCAGGCGGUCCAGCAACUGCUGUCCCGAGGAGCCAACGUUCAGACGGUGGAUGACCACGGACAUGAGCUUCACCAGUGCUGACAAUCGAUGACUGUCACACCAGUUCCUGAUGCAGUACGACAUGCUGAGGGCUGUUUGUCAGCUGUUGUUUUAUAUAAACUGUACAACUAUAAAAAUCUGUUUGAAGUUACUCCGGUGCAGGUGCCUCUUAAUUCUCCACG